AUGCCUUUCAACAACACGAUACGUUCAAUCGAUCCAAAAAACACUCUCAACCACACGCUUAAAUCUACAAUCGGGACAAGCCCUUUAAGCAACAAUGAAUUAGAUGAGAACGCUGAUCCGAACCUGAUCCACUACGCAACAUUUUCCGCUCCUAUUAUUGACUUCUCUUUUAAAGAUAUUAAUCUCCCUUCUGUACAAGAUCUGAAAACAUCAGUACCUAGGGUAGGAGAAAAACGAGUUAGAGUCUCAAAGACGGCAGAAAAGCAAAAAGAGGAUGAAAGGAAAGGGAAUAGAAGUUUUGAACAGGAGCGUUUCAAGCCAACAAUGUUUGGAAGCUCAGAAAUGAUUUCUAACAAACAUCAUGAUGAAUCAAACAGCAAGCAAGAGGAACCCAAAGAAAUUAUCAAAUAUCUUGGGAGAGGAGUUAAAUUGUGUAACAACAACAUAUCUGACCUGCAUGGCUUAUUUGAUGCACUAACAACAAUUUUGGAAACGCCCCAAGAGUUACAGUGGAUUGAUCUUUCAUAUAAUAAUAUCUCCUCUUUGGAAGGAUUAGAGACACUUCCUGAAACUUUGACCUCUCUGUACCUUCAUGCAAAUCAAAUUACGUCGCUUAACGAAAUUGCAGUACUUCAAAAAUUUAAGAAUCUGAAAUAUUUAACCCUUUUUGGGAACCCUAUCGAAGAAAUUCGAAAUUACCGAUACUGUAUCUUAUCAAUUUUUCCCUCGCUUAAAUCAUUCGACAGAGUAACUGUGACAGAAAGGGACAGACAAACAGCAGAAACAUAUAGGAACUUCUUUUGGCCAAAAGUAUCUAAAAGAAAGCAACAGGCCAACAAGUAA